UGUCACAGCGCAUAAUUCUCAGAUGGCGAAAACGUAUCACCCACGGCGAAGUCAUUUCAUCAUGAAGCUGCUCUGUGGUUUUACCGUGUUAUUAACUGCUGCCGUUGCCUACUACGUGUAUAUUCCUUUACCUAGAAGGCUCUCGGAACCGUGGAAACUCCUGGUGGUCGCGGCAGCUUUUCGCGGCGUGACACAGGUGGCAGACAUCACACACUCUCUCGGAUUGGGACAUCACAUCCACAUCAUCAACCAUGCUGUGACCAUUUUUGAGAGCCUGAUUCCGGUGGACUUUGAGGGUGUCCAGAGCCAUGACGCUGAGUUCCACAGCGUCCCUGUACGCGUGUAUGAACCCACACAGAUGAACCAGGUCACCCUGAGGAGAGCAGUAGUGUUCUUCCAUGGAGGAGGGUGGUCCCUAGGCUUUCCUAAACUUGGGUCUUAUGACCUACUCUGUAGGAAAAUGGCUGCUGAACUUAAUGCAGUUGUCGUAACGGUGGACUACCACAUGGCCCCUGAUGUGCGUUUCCCCGUGCAGUAUGAGGAUUGCCUUCAGGCCACACGCCACUUCCUGAGGCCUGAGGUGCUGGCACACUACUCUGUGGAGCCGCAGCGUGUAGCUGUUUGUGGAGACAGUGCAGGGGGCAACCUGGCAGCCGCAGUGGCCCAGCAGAUUGGAAAGGACAACAGUACUGCUGGAACUCUUAAGCUCCAGGUGUUGAUCUACCCUGUGCUUCAGGCAUUGGAUUUCAACACAGCGUCCUAUCAGCAGAACCUCAAUGUACCCAUCCUAUAUCGGGAGCUGAUGGUUCACUACUGGCUGGAGUACCUGGGUGCUGACCCUAACCUUAUCCACAGUCUUCUACUUAACAACCACACGGCCCAGGACCAGAUCCUCGCUGAUCCGCACCGCACCAAGCUUGACUGGAUGACACUGCUCCCAAAGCACAUGCGGAAGAACUACAAGCCUGUCAUUCCAGCAGUUGGCACCCCGUCUAUCCUAAAAGACGUACCGGCACUAUUGGAUAGCCGAGCUGCUCCCCUGCUGGCAGAAGAGGAGGUGCUGAGCAUGGCUGCUCGUGCUUACAUUAUGACCUGUGAGCAUGAUGUCCUGAGAGAUGACGGCACCAUGUACGGGCUGCGGCUGCAGCAGGCGGGUGUCUCCGUCACUCUGCAGCACUAUGAAGAUUGUUUCCAUGGCUGCGUGAGCUUCGCUUUCUGGCCCUUAUACUUCUCCGUGGGAAUUCGGGCAGUGGAAGAUUACAUUGCUUGGCUUCAGGAAAAUCUGUAGGUUUUUUAUCUUCUGCUGCACUUUGCACAUUUUGUGAUUCUAAAUACUUCCUAGACAACAGAUGUUUCUGUGGUGGUAUGCAGAGUGCCUCUGAAAUAUACAGCUUUUGAGGAGUUUCUUCUCUGCUUGCUCUCUAACAUAUAUAAGAUUGUAUCAGUUUGGUGAUUGCGCAAUCAGUAUGAAGGCAGGCUGAUGUGGCAUCAGUGAAAUGUUGCAAAUGUAUCAUUAAAAUGACUAACAUUUAUUUUCUUUUGAAAUUAAAUUUCUGCUGUAAGUGCUGUUGUAUCACAGAUAAGAAAUAUAUGCAUAAUCAGAUGUUAUCACUCAGUGUAUUUCAUGAGAAAUGUUUUGAGCGCUUGACAAUAAUGUGGCCAUUAUUCCUUGAUUUUUGGCCUGUACACAUUUUUCUGUUAACACCAUUAGUGAUUACCUCAAUUGAAUGUGGGAUUUGGUAUUACUCCAGAAGUGAAUUUAAAAAGUUGCUGAUGGAGAAUAACAGCAUGAACCACCAAUAAACGAACCUAAUCCACCAAAAUAA